CUUAUCACCAGUAUUAUUUUUUACCGCGUUCUUGCUAAUCGCCAGGGCUACACUGUGCCCUUGAAGCGCAUAAUCUUCCCUGAACCUCAAGCAGCUCUGAGGAGCGCUGACAGUCAUCAAUGAGCAGCGAGUGGCAGAGGAACUGGCCCAGAGUGGGGACCCCCCCACCCCAGGAAGUCCUCCGGGGCUGGGCUCAGCGCAGAACCAGAGCUCCUGCCCCCCGGGCCACCUUCACUCUCUCCCCACUCAGGGAUGGCUGCCACCUUGGGCCUAAACCACAGCUCUGUGUCUGAAUUCAUCCUCGUGGGCUUCUCCACCUUCCCGCCCCAUCUCCUGCCUGCCUUCUUCCUGCUGUUCCUGCUCAUGUACCUGUUCACGCUGCUGGGGAACCUGCUCAUCAUGGCCACUGUCUGGAGCGAGCGCGGCCUGCACACGCCCAUGUACCUCUUCCUGUGCGCCCUGUCCAUCUCCGAGAUCCUCUACACCUUGGCCAUCACCCCGCGCCUGCUGGCAGACCUGCUCUCCACCCGCCGCACCAUCGCCUUUGCAGCCUGUACCAGCCAGAUGUUCUUCUCCUUCACGUUUGGCUUCACCCACUCCUUCCUGCUCACGGUCAUGGGCUACGACCGCUAUGUGGCCAUCUGCCACCCUCUGCGCUACAAUGUGCUCAUGAGCCCCCGUGGCUGCACCUACCUGGUGGCCUGGUCCUGGGCUGGUGGCUCGAUCAUAGGGCUGGUGGUGGCCACAGCUGUUUUCCACCUCACUUUCUGUGGACCCAAUGAGAUCCACCAUUUUUUAUGUCAUGUGCCCCCUCUCUUGAAGCUGGCCUGUGGAACUGAUGUACCAAUAGUGGCCCUGGGUGUGGGGCUGGUGUGCAUCACUGCCCUGCUGGGCUGCUUUCUCCUCAUCCUCCUCUCCUAUGCCUUCAUCGUGGCUGCCAUCUUGAGGAUCCCCUCUGCUGAGGGAAGGCACAAAGCCUUCUCCACCUGUGCAUCCCACCUUAUAGUGGUCAUUGUGCACUAUGGCUUUGCCUCUGUUAUCUACCUCAAGCCCAAGGGUCUGCACUCCCAGGAAGGCAACACCUUGAUGGCCAUCACCUAUACGGUCCUCACGCCCUUCCUCAGCCCCAUCAUCUUCAGUCUCAGGAAUAAGGAGCUGAAGAUCGCCAUGAAGAAGACCUUCCUCAGUAAACUCUAUCCCUCCAGCAUCUAAGUGGCCAGUGUGGGGGUGGUCUUAGAAUAAGGUAGAAGGAUGACCAUACCCUCAUCUGUACAAUGGGGUGAACAAUGACUACCUAGUAAGAUUAGUAAAAAGUGAACGAAC